AUGUCUUCAAUCUCCAAUCUGCCCAACAGAAGUGCAACUUCAGUUUUCCUCACAUGCCAGCCAUCUAGAAUUGCAGACUUGAAGCUAGUUUUCCUCGGUGAAUCAUCAGUGGGGAAGUCAUCAAUCAUCCAACGGUUCCAAAACAAUACUUUUAACGAAGGAAAAGCAUCAACCAUAGGAGCGGCGUUUAUCUCGAAGAAAAUCUUGAGAAAGGAGACAGCCAGCAAGAACAUCAGCCUCAUAAACUUGCAGAUAUGGGAUACUGCCGGACAAGAGCGGUUCCACAACUUGACACCUCUAUACUACCGGAAUUCGAACGUUGCAUUGGUUGUUUUUGACCUUACAGACUCGUUUUCAUUUCAGAAAGCAGGGUAUUGGAUCAGCGAGUUGAAAGAUUACAUGAAUGAGGGGUCUGAAGGCGAAUCUCCAAGGCUUAAGGUCAUUCUGGUGGGCAGCAAGCUGGACUUGUUGCCGUUGAAACCUGUAAAUGACGAAAUUCCACCUUUUGAGCGAAAACUUCAGGCUGAUUCAUUCCAACCUUGCCCUUUCAACUCACAGAUUGAGUCAUUUCUGGCGGCCCACCGGGGAAUUGUGUGCGGAAAAUGGUUCAGAACAAGCUCAAAGAUGAAUAUAGGCAUCGCGGAGUUGUUCGACUACAUUCUCGAGACGAUCGACGCAUCGCUAUACCACUCUUACGACGAUCAGAAAGCCAAGAAGUCUUCGAUGACGGUCGAUCUUCAUCUGAGGGCAACCAAGGCCAGUUGCCAGUGCUAG